UUUUAAUUGACAGUACAACGCCCAAAUAUCCCGACGUUAUAACUGACAAACAUUAUAUCGCCGUCGUUGAUUUGCUAAUGGAGGAAAGACAAGCACGACAUCUCUUAGAGCAUGUUGUUACUAGCUUACAACAGACAGUGCAGUCUCUUGAACAGAAAGACAUAUCGAAGCAUACGCAGGAUAUUUCGGCUUUGCAGCUGCAAGUCAAUGGUCUAGUUGCUACGUGCAGUUUAAGUCGAAACAAUUUUGGAGUAUUAGAAGGCAAAUUCAAAGACUUGGAAAUGAACUAUACUUUGUUGAAAAAUGAAAACCAGAAACUAUCACAAGAUGUUGCAACCCUGAAACAGACCCAAUCAGUUGUCAGCAUGGAACAUUUAAAACAGCAAGUACAGGCAACAUCAGGCAAAGUGAACCAACUAAAAUACAACAAUAUGGUGCAGAAUCAAGAUAUCAUUGCAAUUUCGAAUAUAACCCGUCAGAAUCAAUUGGAUGUCAAAACUAUUGGCAACAAACUUACCCAGCAAAUCACAUCCAUUGAAGGUGAAUUCCGAGAAAAAUCCCGAAAUGACACAGUUGUUCACAAAGAGUUAACAAAUGCACUAGAUUUGAAAAUAGCCAAUUUGGAAGCUAAUCAGACGUUUCUGAGUACUCAAGUAGCAACAAUAGCACAGAACACUUAUCCAGUAACUGUUGCUCUCACUGCAUGGAAUGCAGGCGGGGAUGUUACCAUUGGAAGUGAAAUAAAAUUCAAUGAAGUAAAGACGUCGACUGGAAUACGAAACCUGUCGGCCAUUAAUUCAACUGGAACCUUUACAGCGGAAGUAGAUGGCGUAUAUGUUAUUGCAGUUACAGUGAACUCUGGUACUAACGAUUCGGGAUUCGAAAUUCAUAAAAAUAACAUUACUUUAUCUCAGGUUUAUAUUCAAGGAUCAUCCGGAGAUAAUGAUCAGAGCGGAACAAGUGUGGUAUCAACUGAGCUACGCAUGGGGGAUUUAAUAAGUGUGCUAGCAUCUGGUGGAUCCAGGAAACCAAGCAUUGUUCAUGUUGAUCAGGGUUGGUCAACAUUAUCUAUUAUUAAAAUAUAG